UGUUUAAGACCGCGGUAGUUUACAAGCAGUAUACAAUACGCCUUCGCAGCGAGAGGUUAUAUUAUUAAGAAGUAAUUAUCCGUAAAAAUGCAGUUCAAACCCAACAAUAAUUUGUUGCACCUCCGUCCUGAUUCGACCGAUGUAAUUCUUAAGGAAUAUAAUUUGGACAAGCCGGGAGCUAUGGAGGAAUCGAUCAAAAUAUUGAGGGAGUGGGUUAAGAAACAACCGCAUUUUACAAGGACUGACUUCACUGAUGGAUACCUGCGCUCAACAAUCUUGGAGGGAAAAGGCUCGAUUGAGAAGGCGAAACAAUUCAUAGAUAGAAUGUGCACAUUGAGGACGUUAUUGCCUCAGUGCUUUGGUGUCAUUGAUGUCAGAAACGACUUUAAAAAUGUUUUUGAAGUGACAACCCCGGUAAUCUUACCAAAUCUGACAAAGGAGCACUAUAGAGUAUUUAUAUCGAAACUCAACACAAAUGUAACAGAUUCAGCACAGAUAGCUAAUUAUUUCAGAUAUGGAUAUUUGAUCGGUGAUUACAUAAAAGCCCACGACAUUGUCACUGGCUACCGGCUAAUUGUGGACUUUACUGACAUAAAUAUGAUGGAUUUAUUAACCAAACUAAAUCCGAUGGACCUGAGACACGCUUUGACAAUUUAUCUUGAAGGUUACGGUAUGAAAAUAAAAGGGAUUCACCUAAUAACAGCGUCAAAGUUCAUAGAUGGUCUGAUUGUGCUUUUAAAACAAAUAUUGAAACCAAAAGUAGGUGGCCGCAUCUACGUGCAUAAAACUUGUGAAGAUCUUCACGAAAUCAUCGGAAAAGAUAUACUGCCAGAGGAGUUUGGUGGCUAUGAAAAAUCUUUGAAAGCUAUACACGAGGACUGGCUGGAAGAAUUGUCUCGCGAAGAAUUAAAAAAAUACUUACGGGAUAUCAACUCAGCAAAGACCGAUGAAGCUUGCAGGCCGUCUGUUAAAUUUAACGAGGACUAUGCUGGCAUGCCUGGAACCUUUAGAGUAUUAAGUCUAGAUUAAAUAAAGGAAACUUUAAAAUAUCUUCUACAACUACUAUACUCGUAUCUACUGCGUCGCUUUUGUUUGCCAUCGUCCUGAAUAGUGCUGAUUGAAGUUCAGGGUAAAAAACUAAAAAAAAAAAUAUAGCGUAUAUGAAAUAGCUUUCUAAUGGUGAAAGAGUUUUAUAAUUCAGCUUUCUGAAUAUAUCUAUUAUAAAAACUUACAAGCUUUCAAACUUUGAAUUUCAUCAUAUUCAUUAUAUUCAUUAUCAAUAAAUUGCGUUCUAUAAUCCUCUAUUAUAAUUCAUGUAUAUCAAACUCUAUUGUUAUAUUUAGGGUAAACUUUUCAAUCCUCAGUUACACGUCGAAUAAAACCAAUUCAAACAUGUAUUCAACUUGCCCGUCUUUUGACAUAUUAUAUUGUGAAACACUUCAUUGGCCAGCAUUUAAAAAUCGGCCCUUAGUGAUAUUUUUAUGUACUUAUAAC